AUGAGGAUUGAACAGACCCAGACGGUGUAUAAGCCCUGGCUCUGCUCGCAGCACUUCCGCCUGACCCAGGUGCACUGCAGCAACCGGAUCCCGUGCCAGAGGUACUGCUUGGAGGUCCAGCAGCGCUGCCCCUUCAUCCUGCCCGACAGCGACGACCUCAAUCAAGGAGGAAGCCCCAGCUUCGUGUGCACAGGGCUUUGGGAGAGGCACGCGGUCGCCGUGGAGACGGAGUGCUGCGCGGUGCGGUGGGACUUCCCGCCCGACGGCCGGGCCGCGGCGGCCGGGGCGGCGCCGCAAAGGACUCACCCCGCCUGCCUGCACCGCACCUCCGUCAGCUCCUCGGCAGCCUGCAGGCUGUGCGGCAGCAGGCUGAAGCUCUGCACGCUGGUCCUGGUCCUCCUACACACUGCGGUCAUUCUCAGCGCCGCGCAGAACUCCACCGGCCUCGGCCUGGACCUGGGACCACUUUCCCCUAUGGAGGAGACCUCCCCCAGUGAGGAGUGA